CCUGGCUGGGCCCUGCGGAGCGGGAGGGAAGGAGCGAAGGAGCAAACCGAGCGGCCGUCGCCCAAGCCGAGCCGCGCUGCCAGCCCUCCCGCUCGCGCUCCUGUCCGCCGUGUCUAGCAGCGGGGCCCAGCAUGGUCAUGGCGGAUGGCCCGAGGCACUUGCAGCGCGGGCCGGUCCGGGUGGGGUUCUACGACAUCGAGGGCACGCUGGGCAAGGGCAACUUCGCCGUGGUGAAGCUGGGACGCCACCGGAUCACCAAGACGGAGGGAGGAGGCAUUGCUGGUAAAGUCCUAAAAGGAAAUUUCCUAAGUAACAAGGUGGCAAUAAAAAUAAUCGAUAAGUCUCAGCUGGAUGCAGUGAACCUUGAGAAAAUCUACCGAGAAGUACAAAUAAUGAAAAUGUUAGACCACCCUCACAUAAUCAAACUUUAUCAGGUAAUGGAGACCAAAAGUAUGUUGUACCUUGUGACAGAAUAUGCCAAAAAUGGAGAAAUUUUUGACUAUCUUGCUAAUCAUGGCCGGUUAAAUGAGUCUGAAGCCAGGCGAAAAUUCUGGCAAAUCCUAUCUGCUGUUGAUUAUUGUCAUGGUCGGAAGAUUGUGCACCGUGACCUCAAAGCUGAAAAUCUCCUGCUGGAUAACAACAUGAAUAUCAAAAUAGCAGAUUUCGGUUUUGGAAAUUUCUUUAAAAGUGGCGAACUGCUGGCAACAUGGUGUGGCAGCCCCCCUUAUGCAGCCCCAGAAGUCUUUGAAGGGCAGCAGUAUGAAGGACCACAGCUGGACAUCUGGAGUAUGGGAGUUGUUCUUUACGUCCUUGUCUGUGGAGCUCUGCCCUUUGAUGGACCAACUCUUCCAAUUUUGAGGCAGAGGGUUCUGGAAGGAAGAUUCCGGAUUCCGUAUUUCAUGUCAGAAGAUUGCGAGCACCUUAUUCGAAGGAUGUUGGUCCUAGACCCAUCCAAACGGCUAACCAUAGCUCAAAUCAAGGAGCAUAAAUGGAUGCUCAUAGAAGUUCCUGUCCAGAGACCUGUUCUGUAUCCACAAGAGCAAGAAAAUGAGCCAUCCAUCGGGGAGUUUAAUGAGCAGGUUCUGCGACUGAUGCACAGCCUUGGAAUAGAUCAGCAGAAAACCAUUGAGUCUUUGCAGAACAAGAGCUAUAACCACUUUGCUGCCAUUUAUUUCUUGUUGGUGGAGCGCCUGAAAUCACAUAGGAGCAGUUUCCCAGUGGAGCAGAGACUUGACGGCCGCCAGCGUCGGCCUAGCACCAUUGCUGAGCAAACAGUUGCCAAGGCACAGACUGUAGGGCUCCCAGUGACCAUGCAUUCACCGAACAUGAGGCUGCUGCGAUCUGCCCUCCUGUCCCAGGCAUCCAACGUGGAGGCCUUUUCAUUUCCAGCAUCUGGCUGUCAGGCAGAAGCUGCAUUCAUGGAAGAAGAGUGUGUGGACACUCCAAAGGUCAAUGGCUGUCUGCUUGACCCUGUGCCUCCUGUCCUGGUGCGGAAGGGAUGCCAGUCACUGCCCAGCAACAUGAUGGAGACCUCCAUUGACGAAGGGCUGGAGACAGAAGGAGAGGCUGAGGAAGACCCCGCUCAUGCCUUUGAGGCAUUUCAGUCCACACGCAGCGGGCAGAGACGGCACACUCUGUCAGAAGUGACCAAUCAACUGGUCGUGAUGCCUGGAGCAGGGAAAAUUUUCUCCAUGAAUGACAGCCCCUCCCUUGACAGUGUGGACUCUGAGUAUGAUAUGGGGUCUGUUCAGAGGGACCUGAACUUUCUGGAGGACAACCCUUCCCUUAAGGACAUCAUGUUAGCCAAUCAGCCCUCACCCCGCAUGACAUCUCCCUUCAUAAGCCUGAGACCUACCAACCCAGCCAUGCAGGCUCUGAGCUCCCAGAAACGAGAGGUCCACAACAGGUCUCCAGUGAGCUUCAGAGAGGGCCGCAGAGCAUCGGAUACCUCCCUCACCCAGGGAAUUGUAGCAUUUAGACAACAUCUUCAGAAUCUGGCUAGAACCAAAGGAAUUCUAGAGUUGAACAAAGUGCAGUUGCUGUAUGAACAAAUAGGACCAGAGGCGGACCCUAACCUGGCGCCGGCGGCUCCUCAGCUCCAGGACCUUACUAGCAGCUGCCCUCAGGAGGAAGUUUCUCCACAGCAGGAAAGCGUCUCCACUCUCCCUGCCAGCGUGCAUCCCCAGCUGUCCCCACGGCAGAGCCUGGAGACCCAGUACCUACAGCACAGACUCCAGAAGCCCAGCCUUCUGUCAAAGACACAGAACACCUGUCAGCUUUAUUGCAAAGAACCACCGCGGAGCCUUGAGCAGCAGCUGCAGGAACACAGGCUCCAGCAGAAACGACUCUUUCUCCAGAAGCAAUCUCAACUGCAGGCAUAUUUUAAUCAGAUGCAGAUAGCAGAGAGCUCCUACCCACAGCCAAGUCAGCAGCUGCCCCUUCCCCGCCAGGAGACUGCACCGCCUUCUCAGCAGGCCCCACCAUUCAGCCUGACCCAGCCCCUGAGCCCAGUCCUGGAGCCUUCCUCUGAGCAGAUGCAAUACAGCCCUUUCCUCAGCCAGUACCAGGAGAUGCAGCUUCAGCCCCUGCCCUCCACUUCCGGCCCCCGAGCUGGUCCUCCUCUGCCCACGCAGCUACAGCAGCAGCAGCCACCACCGCCACCACCACCUCCACCACCACGACAGCCAGGAGCUGCCGCAGCCCCCUUACAGUUCUCCUACCAGACUUGUGAGCUGCCGCGCGCUGCUUCCCCUGCGUCAGACUAUCCCGCUCCCUGUCAGCAUCCUGUGGAUGGAGCCCAGCAGAGUGACCUGACGGGGCCAGACUGUCCCAGAAACCCAGGACUGCAAGAGGCCCCCUCCAGCUACGACCCACUAGCCCUCUCCGAGCUGCCUGGACUCUUUGAUUGUGAAAUGCUAGACGCUGUGGAUCCACAACACAACGGGUAUGUCCUGGUGAAUUAGUCUCAGCACAGGAAUUGGGUGGGUCAGGUGAAGGAAGAGUGUAUGUUCCUAUUGUUAUUCCAGCCUUUGAAAUUUAAAGCUUAUUUUUUUGCCCUCUCCCUGACGGGGAGAAAUCAAGUCACCCAACUGGAAUCAGAGGGCCUGGCUGGGGUGGAUGUUGCUUCCUCCUGGUCCUGCCCCGCCACAGAGUUUCCUGUGGCAAGCGCUGGAACAUAGUUGUAGCUGAGGCUCCUGCCCUUAGGUCGAGUGGAGCAAGCUCUCAAGGGCGGCACUGACAAAUGUGUUCCUAAGAAGACGUUCAGACCCAGGUCUUAUGCAGGAUUACAUCCUUUUAUUAUCAAGGGCAACCUUGGUGGAAGCAGAAAAGGUGUGUGCUAUUGCAUAUAUACGGGGAAAAAAAGGCAAUAUAUUUUUCACUGAAGCCGAGCAACCACAUAUGGCUACAAGGCAAAUCAAGACGACAUCAGGAAAUCGGAUGCACAGGAAAUAAAGGAAGGCUGUGCUUUGUCAUUGAAUCCUAAGUUCUUAGCUGCUGAUGCAAGUUGUCCCCCAAGGCCAUCACAAAGCAGUGGGGCAUGAGCUCUGUUUCAGGGGCCACUAAAUAACAGCUGGUACUGACCCCAGAGACCACCUUCAUCUCCAUUCGGGAGCAGGUGACAUACCCCUUCAGAAGGUGCCCUGGGUUGCCGAGUGUCAGAAUAUACUCAGGACUCCAAAGGUGUCACACGUGGAACGGACAGGAGACCCGCCACCGUGGAGACAGGGGGCAAGAAACUCAAGAACACAUCCAGAGCACCAGCCCUGGCCAGGGAAGACAGGCCUCUCCUGCAGUCUCUCGUGGACACUGCUGGCUUGGGGCAGUCGGUCUCCAGGGUACCUGUUGUCUCUUUUCCGAUGUAAUAACUACUUUGACCUUAUACUAUAUGUUGCUAGUAGUUUAUUGAGCUUUGUAUAUUUGGACAGUUUCAUAUAGGGCUUAGAGAUUUUAAGGACACGAAAAAUGAACUUUUACGUCCCAUGUGAAGUGGUAGUGCUGUGCCUUUCCCCCAGAUCAUGCUUUAAUUCUUUCUUUUCUGUAGAAACCAACAGUUUCCAUUUAUGUCAAUGCUAAAUCCAAAGUCACUUCAGAGUUUGUUUUCCACCAUGUGGGAAUCAGCAUUCUUAAUUUCCUUAAAGUUUCGACUUGUAAUGAAAUGUUCAAGUAUUACAGCAAUAUUCAAAGAACCACAGAUGUGUUAACCAUUUAAGCAGAUCAUCUGCCAGACACAUUAUAUUACAAUAAAACUUAACCAACACUUACAAUCCAGUCAUCAAAGUAAGUAAAAAUUAGAUGUUACAGCUAGCUAACUGUAUCCCUAGAAAUUAUGAAUAAUUUGUCAUUUGGACAGUUAACAUCCAGGUGUUACAAAUUCAGUGUUAAUUCUAAAGAUGACCAUUUCUGCCCUUUAGAGUGGCUUGUCCCAUCAGCAGAUGAAUGUGUUAAGCACAAAGCAUCUUCCUUAAAGCACAAGGAGAGGGACUAACCGAUGCUGCAUCUAGAAAACACCUUUAAGUUGCCUUUCCUCUUUGUAGUUUAGUGUCCAGGCAGGUGAAGUGUGGAAAGUCUAGGGGGUUCCAUUCUGGCCGUGUGAGCCCAGCUCCUACCAACUUCAGUAACUCGAGCAGUCUCUGUUGCUGGCCAGAGACUGCCUGGUCGCCAGCUCACCAUGGUGCCAGGACACUUCGCUGAGGCACUGUGCUUGGGGUUGGACUCGGUGUCAGUGGGAAAGGGCAGUGUGGGGACUGUCAUUUUUGUGAUUUAAUAACAGUGAAAAUCCAGGAAGAAUGAAUUAAGCUCCUUCUGGGAGUUGUUUAUUCCUGCUCGUGCUUAAGAUUGAUGAUUUCAUGAAAUAAAGAACAUCAUUUCAUUUAAGA